CAUUUGCCUUCAGUUGGCAAAGAUCGUGCUAAGAGGGCAAAUAUGCUCCACCUCGGGUCGCUGCUCGGCGACAGGCCGCAUGCUGCCGAACAGUGAAGGAAUGGUGCGCUCCCGCUUGGCGGUGUGUUUAACAGAUAGAUCCGAUCGGAACUGCGUCUAGUGUGCGAUACCUCCAGCGUGUGUGGGGGCUGCCAAGGAUUUCCACCCACCUAUAGCUGGAUUAUUGACGUUUUUGUUGUUGUUGUUGUUGCAAUCGCUCGCGGAUACACACAGUUUGAAAUUUGUGCGCCAGUGCCUACUGCCACUGGAAUAAUUGCCAGCCUGCAAAACGUCGCGAAACAGUCCGCGACAGAGGAAGCGGCCAACACGAACAACCCUAUCCAAUCGCUUCACAGUCACAAAUCGUGGUGAAACGGUCGCUGCAUACACCACCUCCACCACCAUCACCACAGACCAUGCGUCGCUGGCCGUGCAGAAGCGCGCACAAGAAGGAAACGGCGCCGUGCUCGUGACGGCAUGAGCAUCGGCAUCAUCUUACGCACCAUCAUAUCUUCCAACUGGAUACUUCGAAAACGAUGCAUAAAAUGUGGUGUUGGUUAAUAGUGUUUCAUCUAUUCGUCCUUUAUGAUUUCGUUCACUGUAUCACGCUGACCGAGGUGCGGGUGCCCAAGCAUACGAUCCGCGGUCACGCCGUCAAGCUCGAGUGCCACUAUGAUAUGGAAGGUGAAGCCUUGUACUCGGUGAAAUGGUACAAGGAUGGACGCGAGUUUUAUCGCUUCGUGCCAAGAGACGAUCCGCCGGGAAGUGUUUUCCCCCAGCCGGGCAUAGCCGUAGAUUUAGAAAACUCAACAAGCGAACAAGUGAUUUUAGAUCCACUAGAUUUAUCAUCCAGCGGGAAGUACAGGUGUGAAGUGUCCGCCGAAGCGCCAUCCUUUCAAACCGUCUCGGACCAUGGCGAAAUGAUGGUGGUGGUGUUGCCCGAUCAAGAUCCUUACAUUACGGGCGGCAAGCCGCGCUACCAGAUCGGUGAUCCGGUGCGAGUGAACUGCACUUCCGGUCGCUCCAAACCAGCCGUUCAUCUGACGUGGUACAUUAACGGCGAUCCUGCCGAGCCCGGGCUGGUCAAGCGGUACGAGCCACGCAUCACGGGCGCCGACAAACUGGAAACUUCCGUUCUGGGGCUCGAGUUUCGCGUCAAGCCGAAACAUUUCAAGCACGGCGAUAUGAAGCUGAAGUGCCUCGCGACGAUUUCGACCGUGUACUGGAAAAGCAACGAAGAAAGCGUCGAGGGCGAGAAACUGCAAAAAGCACCGACACUGGAGUCACGAAGGGCCGUAUCGGCGGACUCGCGGGCAGACCGAGUGCAAGCUGCGUCAAGCAACUGGGCAAAGGAAAGCUGCGAACGGUUGUCGGCAAUGCAGCUAGCAAUUUAUGUUUUAAUUCUGUUGACAAGUUAUCGUUACACUAGUUAAAACGGUCAACGUUAGGUAGGAAGCAGCAGGGAAGCAGCGGGGAAGUUAGGCAAAAGGGGCAAUGGAACGAAGCAAGCAUCUUUCACACUGUGCAAUUUCUUUCUAAUUCGUCCUUGUUUGGUCAAUUAAUGUGUAUCGAGUUGUGCAUGCAUUAAGGGUGUUAAAGGAGGGGUUACACGAUCGGAGGGAAAUCAGUGGGCGACACUCUUAAGAACAUAUCAGUAAUAUCAAUGUCAAGUAUAUUCAUCAUAUCAACAGCACCGGCUGCAAACUUUUCUUGUAAGCUCAUUUGUUCAAACUAAACCAAACUGAUGGAUGGAAAACACACACACACAACAACAACACUCCUAAAGACAGAUACAGACACACACACAGAAACACAAAAGGUGAACAAAACGAAACGAAAAACCCAAAACAUACCGAUUUGUAAAGAUAUCAGAGAGAGACACACAGAGAGAGAUUGAGGGAAAGAUACAUCGCGCGGAUUUGUAAAUAUUUGUCAUAGUUUUAACUCAAACUUAUACCACUUCCCGAACGAUGACGGACGACGGACGAUGGCUGCCGGAACACUCGUACUACUUUCUACCGCAAUCGGCGGCAAAAAGAGGGUAAAACAGAGGACGAGCACAGAUUGGGAAACUAUUGCAAACAUUCGUUUUAUCCAUUGCACACCCGACGUACGAGAUGAGAAGAAGAAAGAAUGAAUAAAGUAUCAAAUUGUUUCAAAAAUAA